AAAUAAAUCAGGGGGCUAUUUUUCUCCUUCCCUCUAAACACCACAAAUUAUCGUUCUUCCUCAUGCAUCUAGGGUUUAACAAUUAAAUCCAAUUCGAUCCCGUUUCCUCUGUAAACCAUGGCGACUGCUUCAGUGGCGUUCAAAUCAAGGGAGGAUCACAGAAAGCAGCUUGAACUAGAAGAGGCUCGUAAGGCGGGGCUUGCACCGGCCGAAUUGGAUGAAGAUGGAAAGGAAAUCAAUCCUCACAUUCCACAGUAUAUGUCUUCUGCGCCUUGGUAUCUCAAUGCGGAGAGACCUAGUUUGAAGCAUCAAAGGAAGUGGAAGUCUGAUCCAAAUUAUACCAAGUCGUGGUAUGACAGAGGUGCAAAGACUUUUCAAGCUGAAAAGUUCAGGAAGGGUGCUUGUGAAAACUGUGGGGCUUUGACACACGACAAGAAGGCUUGCGUGGAAAGACCCCGCAAAUUAGGAGCCAAGUGGACAGGCAAGCAUAUUGCCCCAGAUGAGAAGAUAGAGACCUUCGAGCUUGAUUAUGAUGGGAAGAGAGAUCGAUGGAAUGGAUAUGAUGCUGCAUCUUAUAAACAUGUCAUUCAGAGAUAUGAAGCCAGGGACGAAGCAAGAGGCAAAUUUUUGAAGGACGAACAGCUUAAGAAGUUGGAGGAGAAAAAUAAUAAUCAAAAUAAAGAAGAUGGUGUUAGCGAUGAUGAGGAUAAUGAAGACUCUCUGAAAGUUGAUGAGGCCAAAGUUGAUGAGAGCAAACAAAUGGACUUUGCGAAGGUUGAGAAGCGUGUGCGUACUACCGGUGGUGGUAGCACAGGAACUGUCAGGAAUUUACGUAUUAGAGAGGAUACUGCAAAAUAUCUUCUCAAUCUUGAUGUUAACUCUGCCCACUAUGACCCCAAGACCCGUUCUAUGCGUGAGGACCCUCUUCCAGACAUGGAUCCAAAUGAGAAGUUCUAUGCUGGAGACAAUCAAAAUAGAGUGAGUGGUCAAGCUUUGGAGUUCAAACAGCUGAAUGUUCAUGCUUGGGAAGCAUUUGACAAGGGUCAUGACGUUCAUAUGCAAGCUGCUCCUUCACAAGCUGAGUUGCUUUAUAAAAAUUUCAAGAUCAACAAGGAGAAGCUGAAGUCUCAUACUAAAGACAAAAUCAUGGAGAAGUAUGGUAAUGCUGCUGCUGAUGAAGUAAUUCCACGAGAACUCUUACUUGGGCAGAGUGAACGGGAGGUUGAAUAUGAUCGUGCUGGUAGGAUCAUAAAAGGCCAGGAGAUGGCUCUUCCUAAGAGCAAGUACGAAGAAGAUGUUUACAUAAACAACCACACUAGUGUUUGGGGUUCAUGGUGGAAAGAUCAUCAAUGGGGUUACAAAUGUUGCCACCAGAAUGUACGGAACAGCUAUUGUACUGGUGCUGCUGGUAUUGAGGCUGCUGAAGCUUCAGCAGAUCUUAUGAAAGCUAAUAUAGCCCGGAAGGAGGCUACUGAAGGUCAGACAAACAUUCACUACGUCGGCGGCUUCCUCUUCACCAGCUAUGGUGGCGCAACCCCAUUCCCUGCAACUCCCCCUUUCUGUUCCGCCGCACACUCUUCCCUCCCAUCCUCCCACCUCUGCGCUAUCGCUAACUUCCCCCUCGAAACCAUCAAAAUCUGGUGCCACAAGUUUCCGGCACCUCCGAAUAUGCCUACUACAACGGCAGCUUCGUCGCUAAGCUAUACCAUGACACCCUCUCCUCCCCCCCUCCUUAAAUCUCCUCAAUUUCACCUUCGGUCGCGCUCAUUCCAUCCCCCGGGGAAACCCAGUAGAAUCGACACAGAAGCACCUGUAGCAGCUGAAGAGAAAAGAGUUGCUACAUGGGGAUCGGAAGUACCUGACGAUCUGGUUCUGGACCAAAAAAGACUUACCGAAGCACUUCAAAAGGAGGACGAACGGAAGAGAGAGGAGAGGGAUGAAAGGAAACGGAAGUACAACGUGAAGUGGAACGAUGAGGUAACACCUGAAGAUAUGGAAGCUUUCAGGAUGAAGAGGGUCCAUCACGAUGAUCCAAUGAAGGAUUUUCUGAAUUAAUUUAAGUUUAAAGAAACACGAAUCCAAACUUGGUUGCAAGCUGAAAGAAUUGCAGUUUAAGUUUAAGAGGUGCUAAAGGUGUCUUUAGUUCUUCGUUAUUGUACGUGAUACCUUGAAACCUGAUAGGAAUCGUGUUUCAUGUAAAUCAAAAUAUGUAAUGUAGUUCAGUGCUGCCGUUGUCGAUCUGAAUAACUUGACGUAGUUAUGAUAAGCGAUGACGAACUCCCUGUUGCAACGGUAGCUUCAAAAUUGAGAAGAAUGUUAGAAUUGCUAUCUAUACAUAUCUGAUAUAUCCGUUCCUGAUC